ACUGGGAACUUAUCAGCCUGGGCCCAGAGAAGGAGCGAGUCUGUUGGGGAUGCAGAGAGGCCUGGCACAGAGCCCAGUGGCAGACAUAGGGCUCCAGAAUGGUGGGGCGGCUGGCGCGACAGGCAGACGCGGGAACCAGCGGUAGGGGCGCCCCGGAGCAGGAAGAAACAGGAGAGAAGAGAUAUGAGCUUUCUAGUGCUGGAGGUGCAACUUAGCGGCAGAGCACUUGAGGUGGGGCCAUCAGUGAAAACAGGCUUUCAUUCAUUUUUGUCAUGCUCUGGAAUGAAGGGUGUUUCUUGUCAGGCCUUUAGUGGGCCUGAUUCAGCAGUAGGCAGGUUCACAUACGAAGAUUAUGAGACCACUGCCAAGUGGCUUCUGCAACACACUGAAUAUCGACCUCAAGUGGCAGUGAUCUGUGGUUCCGGCUUAGGAGGGCUGACUGCUCACUUAAAGGCGGCUCAGAUCUUUGACUACAAUGAGAUACCCAACUUUCCCCAAAGCACAGUGCAAGGUCACGCAGGCCGACUGGUGUUUGGAUUGCUGAAUGGCAGAUCCUGUGUGAUGAUGCAAGGCCGGUUCCAUAUGUAUGAAGGAUACUCACUGUCAGAGGUGACAUUCCCAGUGAGAGUUUUCCAUCUUCUGGGUGUGGAAACUUUGGUGGUCACCAAUGCUGCUGGAGGACUCAACCCCAAUUUUGAAGUUGGAGAUAUUAUGCUGAUCCGUGAUCACAUCAACCUACCUGGUUUCUGUGGCCAGAACCCUCUCCGGGGCCCCAACGAUGAAAGGUUUGGAGUUCGUUUUCCUGCCAUGUCUGAUGCUUAUGACCGGGAUAUGAGGCAGAAGGCUUUCAGUGCCUGGAAACAAAUGGGGGAGCAACGAAAGCUACAAGAAGGCACCUAUGUGAUGUUGGCAGGUCCCAACUUUGAGACUGUGGCAGAGAGUCGUCUGCUAAAGAUGCUGGGGGCAGAUGCUGUUGGCAUGAGCACAGUCCCAGAAGUUAUCGUCGCAAGGCACUGUGGGCUUCGUGUCUUUGGUUUCUCACUCAUUACGAACAUGGUUGUCAUGGAUUAUGAGAACUUGGAGAAGGCCAAUCACAAGGAAGUUCUGGAUGCCGGGAAAGCAGCUGCACAGAAAUUGGAAAGGUUUGUCUCCAUUCUUAUGGAGAGCAUUCCACUCCCGGAGUGUAACCUCCUUUAGCCUAGGCAGGCUGGUUCAGACUGUAUGCCACUGAGGUGGGGCCACCUGAUGUGCUGCUUCUCUAAUUCAACUAGUUUCUUUUGAUUUGACACUGCCUUCACCUGCCCUGAGGCUGAAGUGCUUCUCCAAGAUUUUCUGGAGUUAACAACAACCUGUGAAUCUGUCGAAUUGCUGCUAAAAGGCUGUGCUGAUGACAUCAAGAAACUUGGU